AUGUCGUCCCCCUUCGACCCGUCGGAUGACCCGUCGGAUUCCGCGGAGCAGUUUGGCGCCCCCACGGAUGACGGACUCGAUGGCUACUAUAGCAUGAUGGCCGACUACCCCGAGGCACUCGAUUACUAUGCCUUGCUUGGCCUAUCCUCAGACCCUCCUCCGAAAGAGACCGAUAUUCGUUCUGCGUACCGCAGCCUGACCCUCAGCUUCCACCCGGACAAGCAACCACCGCACCUCCGAGAGGCCGCUCAGCAGCAUUUCACGAGGAUCCAAGAAGCAUACGAUGUUCUUAUCGACCCCAAGAAGCGCAUAGUCUAUGACCUUGCGGGAGAAGAGGCUGUGCGACAAGAAUGGGGUCAACACGGUGCGAUGGGUCCAAGAGGGGAUGCGCAGUCCAAACAACUGGGCGUUAAGGCGAUGUCGCCUGAUGACUUUCGAAAGUGGUUUUUGAAGACAAUGAAGAAGCGCGAGCGCAAGGCUGUUGAAAGUUUGGUUUCGAGCCGGGGCACUAUUACACUUGGAAUCAAUGCAUCUUCAACCAUUUCAGUCGAUGAAGAAGAUGGAGAUGUGACUUUCCAAAUCCCAUCGGCUAACUUGAGCACAUAUGCCGUCAACUACAGCUUUAGGACUCCUCUGCAUCUACCUGCGCUCUCGCAAGGAACGAAGGACGAGGGUGAGACUGAGAAGCCGGACUCGGAGGCUACCUCAGAUGAUCUUGACGAUGACUCAGACCCCAUUGAAAUGACGAUCAACAUGGGAAUCGCGGGCAAACUCGCUCGUCCCGGGCAAAAGCUGCAAGUCGAGUAUGAAGAUAAGUCGACUGAAGAGCAGCUAGUUCCUUUGCCACACGUUUUAGUGGCGCAAAAUAUUAGCCUUGGUGCUACUGUCACCCCCAACAUGAGGGAUUCUACUGUCCGUGUCGAGGCUGGUGUUUUUCCCAUACCGUCGUUGAAGACGACUGUUGGUCACGCUUUCCAGCCAAUUUCCGGUAUCAAACCGAUCAGCGUCAGCGCUAGCAGCACGAUCACUCGAUCACUAUGGGAGUCUCUGCCUUCGCUCGAUGUGCAAGCAACAAAACAAGUUGCCCAACGAAAGAUUGCAUUCCUGACAUGGUCUAGCGGAUUGAUGGAAUGGCCCGGGCUUCUCCAAGAGACUUUCCCAUCCCUUGGAAUGAGUCUUGGAAGCUAUUAUAAUACUGGAGUGAGCGACAGCACAGUUCAGAUUGGCUUGAUAUCACAACCAAAACAACCCUCGAGAAUGACUGAACUCGACGAGGACAACGAUGAUGAUGGUGAUGAUGACGAACUGCGCGAGCAACUGGAGAAGCAACAGGAAAUUGAUCGCGCGGCCGAGUUCUGGCAAACAUACCUCACAGCUACCCCAGCAGGAGGCGGUAUCGGACUGACCUAUUCUCGAAACUUAUUUUCGGGCAAACCUGCAGAUGAUCCCGUGAGGUCAGAAUGGAGCGGCGAGGGUUACUUCCCCAUGGCCAAAAUGGAGGAACCCCGGGCAGUGCGACUUGAGAUCAGUACCGUUCUCAACGCAGACAUGUCUAUUAGCUGGGGUAUCAAGGGCACUCGACGCGUUGGCGAGUACACCAAGAUGUCACUCGGAGUCGGUCUUACGCAACAUGGCAUCAUUGCUACUGUUUCUUGGAACAGACUGGGCCAGGGAAUCAAGCUUCCCAUUGUCAUAUGUCCUGCCCAACAGGCUAACCAUGAUGCCGCUGCAUUGGCUGCCGUCUUCCCGUGGAUUGCCUACUGUGCGGUUGAGUUCGGCUUCAUCCGCCCGCGCGAUAGAAAAAGACGUCGGCAGGCGGUGGCACGUCGUCACAAGGAACUGAAAAAGCUUAUUCCCAAGAAGCGGGAAGAGAGCGAGCAGGCGAUCGAGCUCAUGUUCGAUCAAGUGCAAAGACGCCAGGCUAGAGAAGAGGCACAGGAUGGGUUGGUGAUCAGAAAGGCCGAGUAUGGUUACAUUCCUCCCAAGGAUAAGAAACCCAAAAACGGCUUCAGUGAGCCUCGGGUUAUUGACGUGACUGUUCCUGUGGCUGCUCUGGUUGACCGCAGCCAGCUAGUGAUCCCUCAGAACUCGAUAAAGUUCCAAAUCAUAGGUUUCCAUGACCCAGCGCCUCUUUUGCCGAAACGGCUCAAGAUCUGGUACACAUUCCGAGGACGCAACCAUUACGUGGAGGUUGGUGACAAAGAGCGUGUCUCCUGUCCCAUGCGCAGCCAUUUGACUUCUGAGUGA